AAGCGCUUGGUCCCCCCUUUCCUCGCCAGACGGCUGGUGAGUCCGGACGAGCAACAGCAAGAAAUUAGUUUCCAGGCUUUCUGUACUUCUGGCUGCCUGCUUUGCCUGCUGAAGGGGCUGGCACCUUCUACGAUCUACAUAGCCUCAGGAAAACGAAAGCGACUUUCUAGAUCGCUCGCUCUCGUAGGAAACUCUUGGACAUAGGAAUGAAGAUGGCUGCUGAACUAGUAGAAGACAGUUGCAUCAACUUCGUAGAAAUGAAAUUCAUUGGCAAUACACUCUACUUUAUACCUGAAAACGAUGGAAGCCUGGAAUCAGAUCACUUUGGCAAGCUUGAACCAACUAAAUUCGCAAUCAUACGAAAUUUGAACAACCAAGUUCUCUUCAUUGACCAGAAAAAUAAACCUGUGUUUGAGGAUAUGCCAGAUUCUGACUGUAACGAUAACGCAGCCCAGACUGUAUUUAUCAUAACAAUGUAUAAAGAUAGCCAACCUAGACGUCUGGCAGUAACCGUCUCUGUGAAGUGUAGCAAAAGAAUUCUUACUCUCUCCUGUGAGAACAAAACUGCUAACUUUAAGGAAAUGAGUCCUCCUGAAGAUAUCAAUGAUACACAAAGUGACAUCAUAUUCUUUAUGAAAGGUGUUGAAGGACAUGAUGAGAAAACACAAUUUGAAUCUUCAUCGUACCCAGGAUACUUUCUCGCUUCUGAAAGAGAUGCAGACCUUUACAAACUCAUUUUGAAAGAGAAGAACCAAAUUGGAGAUAACUCUGUAAUGUUCACCAUAGACCUCCAAGAACUUGGUGUUAAAAGUUCAUAGUUUGCGCUUUAAAGGUCUAUCUACAUGAGAUAAAACUGACAACAGCAGCUGUUAAUGGGAGAGGUACAACCAGAAAAGGAGUAUGAGAAUUGUUGCACAACUCAAAAAAUGUAAUCAAUGUCACUGAAUUUCACAUAUAAAAAUUACUGAAUUUGUGUAUGUUCUGCAACAAUAAA